UUUUGACGUCUCGAGAACUCGCCGUGAAUAUGUACAUACACAAUCCAUACACGCAUACUUGACGUAUACGCGUGAACACAAUACGAGUAUACGAUAAUUUUGCGAGGGAAACAAACAAUGCAUUUUUAUAAACUGUUUCGAGAAAUCAAACUAUCAGCGAAUCUCAAAACUGACUGAAUUCUCACUCCUCGUUGUUACGGGGCACGGUAUCUAUUCCUUAUAAUUAUUUAAUUACCCAUUGAUAAAAUAGAAUCAAGGAAAAAGUUUUCUUGUUAGUAGAAAUAAUUAGUUAUAAUGUAAGCAACCGACGAAUCCAACAACAUUCCAAUGGCAUCGAGGCUUCGGUUUAGUAGUGAAUCCACGACACGUCAACACUCUCAUGAUCUAUUGUCUAGUCCGAUCAAUCAACUUGCGCAGUUGGUUUAACCCGUCAACAUCAUGGAUGUCGAACAAGUUGUGGAGGAAGCGAGUAAAAAUGAGGAGCCAAUAGACCAGACGGAGAGUCAGUCUGCUAAAAAGCACUGUGCUUCAACUUCGCCUCAUCAAGUAGCGACGACGUCGGAUAUCAAAGUUGCAACUGAUCCGAAAAAUUCUCAGAUUCGCAUUGUCAAGGGUACCAAAAAAAUCAGAAUCGACUCGGGUGAUUUCACUCACUCGAGCGACAAAAAAGACACAAAGGAUGAUGAGAGCAUUGAGGCUAAAGUUGUCCGGUCUUUAAAAAGAUCAUCCGAAUUGUGGUCCAUGGAGGACAAGAAUACAUUUUUCAAAGCGAUUAACGAGUACGGCAAGGAUUUUGAUGCCCUUCAAAGUUACUUUCUGAGUCAAGGAAAGAAGAAAGGAGUAGCCGAGCCAAAAAAUAAAGAGCAAAUACGUCACUUCUAUUAUCGAACAUGGCAUAAAAUAUCUAAGCACCUUAAAUUCUCCGAAGAUGUUAAAAAAGCUUCCCAAGAAUUGUACGGACUCAUUAACUAUGGCGAAUUGAGGAGAAAAAUGCCAAGAAUGCACGAAAAAGCUCAGCUUAAAUUAAAUGAACUCAUUUACUGGGGAUCCACUCAAGUUAGACUGAGAGGAAAAACGUUGCGAAUCAAAACUCCGAUUUGUAGAACGUUGAGGAAACUUAAUCAGCUUGAAGAUUGGCAGGAAGAAAUUAAGCUUCCAUCGAGAGUGAGCAUAGAAUUACGCCCUGGGAACAAUUUGGCUUGGUGGCAAGUGCAGGCGGCUGCAAUGAAUCCAAGAGUACGUGCCCUGGUUCCAAUUCAACGUCGCUUAUCAACGUUAUUGAUAUUCUUGCAGCAACGAUGGCGUUCUUCAAAAUACAAAAGCUGCGCUAACAUUGAGAGUCAAGCAGGCGGAGAUCUCAAAGAAUCCAGACUGUUGCGGGUAGCUCCACCGGACGGAUGUAAAAUAUCUUUGCCGACUGUUAAUCUUGGGGAAUAUCUCACCAGCGAUAGUGUUAGUUUGAACUCUUAUGAAAAAAAGCUCUGUCUCAAAAGUUCAAAACUUGAGCUGCUUGGAUCGGUGCAACAGUUGAAAGGCGUUGGUAGAAAAAGAAUAAAGAAAAAUAGAUCUGAUAGAAGAUUACCGAGUCGCACGGAUGAUCAGGCACUUCCCACAGAUAAUAACAGCGACGUCGAUGCCACAGAUUCGACCUUAAUGGACAAAACUUUAUUUGGCAAUGAUCGACCGGUAUCAGAACACCCAAAUGGACCUAAUAGGUUUCCUGGUAGAGAAAAUGUGUCUAGAAUACGUCUAGGGUGGAACAACGAAGAAGCAAAUACCAUUACAGUUGGAGAUCUGUAUCUUAUGUUUGGUCGGGACUCAAAAAUACUUUUGGAAUAUUGGUGGGACCCGCCAAAUAGAGAGGCGCAAAUGCAGCUCACAGACAAGCCGAAAUCUAUUAGCAGUUUUUACGACGACACUUUAUCUUUGGCGCUGCAAAAAUUAUUGUCUAUAGCCAAGCACAGCUAUGGCGCAAGUAAGGGAUACGAAAAUAAUUCAGGAAGCAACGAAACAGUCGUAUCGUCACGUAUUUUGUCAACUAAGGAUUCGACGUUUAGACGCCCUCUGAUCCCGCAGCCAUAUCACAAAAUUGGUCCGUCGGAUUCUUUCAAAUCCCAGCUUGACAAAUUCAAAUACCGUUACGGUAAACGAGCGAGGACGGUGCGGCAAAAAAAUCUCGUUCAACGCGUUGUACCUAUGCAGAUAUCAAAGCCUCCCGAGAAUCCGGAGGCUUUUAUCCACGAAGAAUCGGGCGGACAUCCGCUAUUGCAGGGUCCAAUUAAAAACGAGUAUGAAAAAAAUCAAGAUACUGAUGAGUUUGACGAGCAGCAGGGCAACGAUACAGAGAGAAAACAUUUCUUAGGCGUCUUGUCGUCCGAUGAAGCUCAAUCCAAUAAACCAUGCAAUUCAAUAAUCACUAGUGCAACUCAAAUCCUCAAAGAAGGGGAACAGCAGUGGUUAAACAGCGAGGUCGCCGACUUUUCCCUCAGCAGCUUCUUAGGUCAGCUUGAAUCGCCGGUAAAAAUUUCUCAACAAAGUCAAGCUGGGGGGCAUAUUGCGGAAGACACUCGACCAGCAUCAGACGUCGUAUCACAAAUGCAAGGAUUGAUGGGAGAAAACAGCGUUGACUACCUCGCCAAAUUCGCCAAUCUCGCAUCGCAAAUAGCUUACGACGACCAUCACAAGAAUAAAUGAACUUACAUCGAUAUAAUCCAUAAAUAAUGCCGGAAUCAGCAGAUGAAGUUGGAGUGUAAAUAAUAAAAAUAAA